UGUGUGUGUGUGUGUGUGUGUGUGUGUGCAGGCAUGGAAGAGAGUGGGUAAGACUGCAUUUAAAAUGAUUCUAUCUUUGUGUCUGUGGUCAUUACUGCAGCGUGGACGUUAGUGAGCUGUUUACAUGAGAUCUUAAUAAUGCAGAUGUGUUUUUAUCUUCUUCUUCUUCUCCACGUCACUGCAGGCUGCAGUCUGGAAGGAAAUAAAUACUUAAGAGAAAUCGCUGCAUACACAGGAGGCUCAGUACUGCUGCCCUGCUCCUGCACUGACCUCCAAACCACACCUGAGACAUUCACAUGGGAGAAAUACACAUGGAAAGUGGAAAAGAUAUCUCCUGAGAGCGAGAAGUACAACGAGAGAUUUCAGCUGGUUAAUGAUCACUCUUCAGGAAAUCUCUCUCUGCUCAUAUCAAACCUGACUGAAAAGGAUGGAGGAUGGUACAGGUGUAUUGUUAAAGGGAGUCAACACAGAGACAUCAGACUGACUGUUCAAGGUUGCACACUGAAUCUACAGACAGAGAUUGUGACUGGAUACGUGGGACAGUCUGUCCUUCUGCCCUGCUCCUGCUCUGAACUACAAGCCAAACCACACACUUUCACAUGGACGUAUUUAAAUGGUUCUGCUCACAAAGAAAUCUUCCCAAAGGACCAGACAAAUCUCUACACAGACAGAGUUCAGCUCUUUAAUGAUCAUCUUCCAGGAAAUCUCUCUCUACUCAUAUCACCUCUGACUGUAGAGGAUGGAGGAUGGUACAGGUGUAAGAUCAGGAACAGAAUCUCAGAUGUCCAUCUCACAGUAAGAGAGCAUCUUCCCUACGUCCCCUUCGCUGUAGUGACUGUGUUUAUUCUGCACAUUAUCGUGGCUGUGGUCUAUUACACCACCAGAAAGAAAGGUCCUGAAACAGUUCAUUACAGCAGAGCUGAUGGAGAUGGAGCAGUGAGUCUGUAGUUGAGAACUCAAUGAGCUGAUCCAUCAAUAAAUUAAUAAAGAGAGUUGUUCAGAAAUAGUCUUGCUUAAAAACACUUCUCUAAAUACUGUCACUUCAUUUUUAUUCACAUUUUGUUCUUUUCAGCCCUUUUAGACUUUCAGCUUUCCAUUUGAUGCUGAAUAAUAUUUUAACUAAAUGACAGAAUGUGUGUUUAGAUUUAAAAGUGUAUCAUUUACAGUUUUAUAUCAGACACUCACAUGCUUUUGAAGCCUGCUUCAUCUCAUCUCAUUAUCUCUAGCCGCUUUAUCCUUCUACAGGGUCGCAGGCAAGCUGGAGCCUAUCCCAGCUGACUACGGGCAAAAGGCGGGGUACACCCUGGACAAGUCGCCAGGUCAUCACAGGGCUGACACAUAGACACAGACAACCAUUC